AAUUAGGGAAUUUGUUUCUUCAUUAUAUUGUAUUAUUAUGUAACUGUUUGCUUUCAAUUGAAGGAUUUUGUCAAAUUGGCUAUAACAGAAUUUAUUGUAGGAGUGAAGCUUAUCAAUUGAAAUCGCUGUAGCUAACAGAGAUUCCAUUGCAAAGACACCCACUUUUCAAAUUGAGCUCUGGUCGCAAAAAAGAGCACUACCCGAUUCUGCAACAGGGAACUGUAGGGUAGUAGAAUAUGAAACAACCUUUCAAGAACAUCUUGUUCUACGGCACAGACACCCUCUCUACAGCUGUGCUCUCUAAAGUCCACCAGCACGGGUACACCGUCAGUGCAGUCACCAAACACACUAAAUCACCUGUUUACCAGUACUGCCAGAAACAUGGUCUCCCUGUUGAAACGUUCAGGAAAUCAGUUCUACCGUUCGGGAAAUCUUCAGCUGCGUUCUCUGAGCAUCUUGGGGUCGUAGCUUCGUUUGGACACAUGAUACCUAGUAAAGUUAUUAGAAGCACCUCUCUGGGUUUUGUUAACAUCCAUCCCUCUCUCAUACCCAAAUAUCAGGGAGCUGCCCCUCUACCGCACACUCUCCUAAACGGAGAUAAGAAAUACGGGGUGACUGUUCUAGAAGCUCUCCCCCGCUCGUUCGACACGGGUAGGAUACUGCACCAGACCCAGUUCAACAUUCCAACCUCCCUGUCUGGGACUGAGUUCUGGGACCACACUGCUAACAAUAUGGCUGAGGUGACCUGCCAGUUUCUACAGAACCCCGCUCACAGCGCACCUAGAAUACAAGAUAAGAACAUGUCAUCUCCCGCUCCUAGGUUAUCUAAACAACAGAUGAAGAGUUUGUCACGUGUGUGCCCUCAGGUUCAGACAGCAGAUCAGAUAUUUAACAUUUCACGGUGUUUAGACCUUUAUGGUAUUUCAGUGGUGGUUUGUUGGCAAGCUAAAGCAUUGAAACUCAUGUCUCUCUCGCCUGUUACUGAUCCACAUGUUAUAGAAUUAGCCAGAACCAGGUUAAAAACAGGGCAGUUUGUGUUCUGGGACGGGUUACUAGCAGUGAAGUGUGCUGAGGACACUGUUCUAGGGGUUUCUAGAAUGGUUCUCCCUUUCAAACCGGUUAUAUCAGCUGAUCAGUUUUAUAGAAAUAAUUGUAGCAGCGGAGUUGAGAAGGUGUUUCGUAUGGUGUACACUCCGAGUUAUGGGAAUUCUCUGAAAACUCAAACAUUUAGGUGACCUUUUUAAAUAUUAUUAACUUGUUUACAAUUGAUUGAAUUAGGAGUAACUGGCAAUGCCCGUCAAUAGUGGCAUUUGCGAUUUAGGUUUUGUGUGCCUUGGACACUGCACACUUGAGCUUUUUGUUGAUUAGCCGGGUCCGGGCCUCAGAUUAGGUGAUGGAAGUUGUACAGUAAUGAUGUGACCUAAAGUUACUGUUUCAAGGGUGGUUUUGUUAGUUUUGUUUAUUUUUAAAUCAAAGUUGAUAUUUUGAAAGAUGAUAUUUUGAAAGUUUUGUAAUGAAACAUGAAAUCCUCACUGUGAUUGUCAAUCAU